GAAACAUAGUUUGGAGUUUAGACGCUAAUAUGGGAGCAUGUGGCUUCUUAAGCUAGCCAGGACAACAUCGCCACGCCAAGACCAAGGUAGUACGUGCAACAUGCAAAAUAAUAUUAUUAAUUCUAAUAGUUAUUAACUUACUAUUGUCGUACCUCUAUUAUGUAGAAAUUAACAAGUAGAGCGCUAAGCCGAAUUGGAUUAUAACAUCCGCCAACUUUGAUCAAUCAACCUAUUUUUCUACUAAUUAAUCUGUUUCUUCUUUCUUAAUGCACAUUGUCGCCGUCUUUCGAACAAAAUAGUCUGCAAAUGGUGUAGCACAUGAUGCUAUCAAUUCGAGCUUUUCUUGUUAAUUAUUCUGCAGGGAUCAAUUUGUUGGCCCGGAGAGACCCACAGACUUGUAUCAAAACCGGCUAAUUAAUCCAUAGUUUUUGCAAGCAAUAGAUCAUUUAAUUAGUUUACCCUACAUUUUGGCUUUUUUUCCCUUUUCAACAAAAUUAGGCUGGGAUUGAAUAUUGGUUUAAAUAGUUAUAUAUAUACCGAUUCAUUCCAGUUAGUACCAAGAAUGUUCAGUUUCGUCACGUCAUCUGACUUUUAUGCACACACUUUCAACUUGUUAGAGGCUGAAUUCUUAAUUUCCCCCCUCAAAUAGGAUGCUUAAAGACGACACACCUAACCUUUAUUCAUAAAUUAAAUGUAGGGUUUGUAUUUCAACCAAAUCAAAGUUAAACCAUUAAUCAUGCAUAAUUAGAUUUGAGCCUUUGAUAUUAAAGUGAGGCCACACCAAAUCUAGCAAUGAGCUAGAAUUAAUGGUUUUAUUUCCUGUCUUUUUAGUUGACUUUUAUUUUAGUUGUUAUAACUUGAAUUUCAAAAAAAAUUCACAGAUGAAACGAAUUCAUUGAGAUCUACAAAAUGAUAUUCAUUUUAAAUAUAUUUUAAUAACAAAAUUUCAUACAACUCAUGUCAUUGGUUACCAUCCUGGUAUCACUUGGUACCAACUUCGUUUUCAACUCAUGCUUUGAAAAAUCUCAGAAGGGAUGAGUUCAUCAUCGAGUUAUAUUAUAUCCAUAAAUUCUAUGGGUGCUAAACGGUCGGUAACCGCUUAAAUCGGUUACCGUUUGACCGGUUUCCGGUAUACCGGAAUUCCCCUCACUGCUGUCGUUAGCCGUUACCGAGAAAAAUCGGUAAUACCGCAUACCGACUGGAACUGAAUCGGUAAGGAGAAUGGUUUCCCGAAUUCUGGUAGGCAAGUGUUGCUGGCUUGCUGCGGGCGGGAAUUUGUGGAAGGCUAUCACCCAUCAUUAUUCAUUAUAUUUGUCUUGUCUUCUUGUGAGUCUUGUCUAUUUGUCUUGUACUCUUGUGAGUCUUGUCUACAAAUGAAAUAAAGUGAGAGACCAUCAUUUUCAUUAUUCAUUCAUUCGAUUUCGGAGCAGAUGGAAGGGAAGGAAACCCCUAUGAAAUAAUUAAUCAAUUAACAAAUCAUUAAAUCAACAUUAACUUACCUCUCAUCGACGGAGAGGAGAGGACGAAGUAUGAAGUACGAAUUGCUGUAUGGGUUCAGGGCUUCAGGCUGUGGGUCGAGGCUUCGAGCAAUUAAGCUCCGACGGCGACGGGUUCGACGGAAAAGGGCAACGGCGAAGGGGGUCGACGAAAACAGGGCUUGGGUCUUGUCUCUUGGGUGGAUCUUGCGCCGGCGAUGGAGAUGACGAAGAUCCUGCCGGUUUCGAUCGGCGACAUUUGGAUUCGAGAACGGAGGAGGGUCGGCGGCAUGACUGGUCGUGCUCGUGCGACAGGCAAGGGAGAGAGAUGGAAAUAGAGAUUACGAUUUAGUUUUCUACUCUUUUCUAUUAACUAAUUAAUUAUUACAACUAGGUUAAUUAAUUUACUUGGGGGAGUUAGGGUCGAUAAGGGACUAGGGAGUUGGGCUUUUGGUGUUUGGCUGCUGUCUUUCCCAUUCGGUAUCGAAAUACUGAGUUGCCGACGGUAUUUUACCGUUCCUCCCUCGGUAUACCAGUUGCAACGAUCCCGCCGCCGAUUACCGUUUGGUACGGUUAACGAUUUAACCGGUAACCGCGGUUACCGGUUAAACCGUUAACCGCAAUACCGUAUACCACCCCUAAUAAUUUCUCAGGAAAAAAAUUUGGAAAACAAAUAUACCACCCUGGUAUAUGAUGGGAACUGGUGCUUUGAUGUGAUGAAAGUUGGUAAAUGGCGGUUUGAUACAUUCUCACUAUUAUGUAUGCAAGUAUUCUACAUUCUGCUAUGUUCGUACCACCAUGAUACUCUUUCAUACUACAUGAUAUAGUCUUAUAUAGUACCAAACAUUACAACAUGGUAUGAACUGGUAAUAAAUGUCACAAUCUUUU